GCAUUACUACUCCUCUAAAGUAAAGACAUCUAACAUUGAAAGCGUUUGAUGCAUCCAAAAUUUCGUUUGUGGUUGUUAAGUGUACACGGUUACACUUAUUAGCUGACACUGGAAGACGAACUUUUCGUAUCUGUUGUGAAAACGCAUUGAAUAAUGGAGCAGCAAAUAGUCCAAGCUGCCAAAGUUGUCGAGGAAUGUAUCGACGCAGAAAUCCAGCGUCUAGAUAACCUGGAUGAUGACGAUAUGGAAGCUAUUCGUCGAAGAAGACUACAACAACUGAAAAAGCAGGCAGGGAAAAGGGACGAGUGGAUUUUGCAAGGGCAUGGUAAAUAUGAUGAGCUUGCGGACGAAAAGGAAUUUUUCGAAGAAGUUAAAAAGCAUGAACGUGUUGUCUGUCACUUUUACAGGGACUCGACCAUGAGGUGUAAAAUAGUUGAUAAGCAUCUUCAAAUAAUAGCCCCUAAACACCUGGAGACAAAAUUUUUUAAGAUCGAUGCGGAGAAGGCGUUGUUCCUUUGUCAAAGACUUCGCAUAAAAGUAUUACCUUCUAUUGCCUCGAUAAUCGACGGAAAAACCAAAGAUUUCAUCGUAGGAUUUGAUGAUUUAGGAGGCGUAGAUGAGUUUCCUACUGAAAUGCUUCAGUGGAGGCUUGGAGUAUCAGAAGCAAUCGAUUAUAAAGGUGAAAGACCAGUCCUGAAAGGAGAAACAGGUGGUGGAAUCUUUAAUUUUGCAAAGAAAAAAGGAAAGACAAUAAGAGGUGGUGAUGGGGAUGAUGAUUCUGAUGAUGAUUAUUAAGACAUACGUUAAGCAGUUUUUACUGGACAUCCUUCCAAGCAUUAUCAUCAAAAUUUUUGAUGAAGUAAUAUAAACAAAUAUUGACCUUUAUUUUGCAAUAUCUUUUUUCUGGAGAA